UCUCGUUCAACAGCGCCGGCGAACGGUCAGAGAGAGAGAAUUUGAUGCAAGCAAUCGAAUUCGGAAUUCGGAAAUCGAAAUUCGUAAUUCGUUAUUCGAAUCGUAGCGAACCGAGUCGAGUCGAGUCGAGCCGAGUCGCGAACUGUGCUGAGCUAAGAAAACUGCCUGCGCAGCCAGGAAAACUUGCAAGUUGAAGGAAAAACGCGCGCGCGUCAACAUCGUUCCAAAUUGCGAUCGCAAGAAAAUCUCGACAGAUUUUCGAGAGUAGCACAACAAAAAAAAAAAACGCAAUAAGUUUUACAAGUACGCAGCUUGAGUAUAAUACUAUAUAAAGAGGGAAUUGUUGUUGCCCCCGCCCAAAAAAAAAACACACCGAUGUUUUGAGCUUGAGUUGAGAAUUUGUUAUCGCCAGCUUUGUAGCAUGCGAAUGUGUGUACGAAAGUGAUUGUGUUAAAUUAAUAAAUAUAUGAAAUAAACAAAUAUAAACAAAUAUUUGGUAUAAUAUAAGUAUAUAUAUUUAUCAAAGAUUGAACGCGUUCGCUUUACAAGUUUCUGUUAUGAUUUCAAAUCUAGAACGUGUGCUUACUUAGUAGAAGCUAAAUCAGAAGCAAAAGCAGAAGCAGAAGGCAGCAAGCAACAAAGCAAAUAAACAUUUAGCGUAUUACAAAUUGGCGCGCAAUUGGCAAUUGCAUGCGCUGCACCUUUUGUUGCGUUUUACAUAAAUUGCAUUUCAAUUUCCAAUUCAAUUUCCAUUUCCAUUUUGAAUUAGAAUAAAAACAAUAAACUAAAGCAAUAAAUUUGUAGACAAUAAAUACGACAGACAGGCAGGCAGGCAGCCAGCUGGCCAGCAUGCUGAGCUAAGCCGUCUGCUGAGCACACAACGUGGCGUAUGCGUAAUCUGUAGUUUUACACAUCCUGCGGAAGCCCAACGGCAGCAGCAGCAGUUCAUUGUGUGUGUGUUUUGUGUGUUGGCUUGUGGCUUGUGGCACGUGGCAACGUCAAAGUCGCGCGCGCGCGUUUAUAAUUAAUCGUAUGAUAUUAAUUAAUGUGCCGAAAAAAUAAAGAAAAUAAAUAACAAGCGAGCAAGAGAGAGAAAUUGAAAUGAAAAGCGUGCGCUGGACAGCCGUCGUGUGUUGAUGCUGUUGUUAUUAUUAUUCUUCUUCGUCGAAAAAAAAAAGAAACAAAUCGAAAUUGUGGACAGUGGACAACAAGUAAAUUGAAAAUGCGAUUCAUAUCGGCAACAGAAAGAGCCACAACAACAACUAGACGACGACUUCAACAACAGCAGCAACAGCAGCAGCAGCAACAACAGUCUCAACGCCACCGCCACCUUCACCUCCCCCCGAACCGCAUCCUUCUCCCGUUGCUGCUCUUCGAGCCGGCAACAUGUCAAGCAUAAUUAAUUUUCGAUUCUGCCUGUGCCGCCAAUUUCAACCCACCGUCUCCAUUGUCGCUGUCGCUAACGCUCUUACCUUCAUCGUCACCGUCGUCGUCACCGUCGCCGCCUCGUCUACGUUCCUGCAAUUGUGCUGAAAAGAGUCGGUCGACUGCCGCACGCCGCCAGCUGGAAGCUCUCGAUUCUACGGCAAUAUUUCAAGAGCAGCAGCCGCCACAUCAACAACUGCAACAACAACAACAACAACAACGAAUACUACCGGGAAAAUACGAACAGAGAUUUUGGAAUAGUAAUUAAAUUGAAUGCAAAUUUCUGUGAACUUGCGCCAACAAAUUGCGAAAAUGUGUUGCAAAUCUAGCAGCAUGUGGAAAUGUUCGACAUCUUCAAGUGGCCAGCAACUACACCAACAAUAUAAACAACAACUACAACUACAUCAUCUUAAACAACAACACGAACCAGUGACGACAACACAGCAGCAUCAAAAUCAAAAUCAAAGUCAUGGCCACACACAAUCGCACAGAUUCAAAUACAUCAGCAACAGGCGGCAACAUUCGUUGGCCGUAAUUUGUUCAAUCGCCUUUCUGUUGAUCGCCCUCAUUCAGAUGCAAUCAGUCACAGGACUCAAAGAAGGACUUGCAGGUAACAUGCAAUCCUGCGCCAAUGAGGGUGAAGAGAUUCUAAUUAAUCGCAUACAAAACUCCAAGUGCUUCAAGUGUACGUGCCUGAAUGGCUUUGUGCAAUGCGAUACCUUCUGCCCCUCGAUUGAUGGUUGCUACUUGCUGGAAGCCAAAUCCAGCGACAGCUGCUGUCGCAAGUGCAAAGGCUGCAUUUUUCGAGGAGUGCCUUAUGCCAGUGGCGCCGAAUGGAGCGAUCCGGAUGAACCCUGCAAGACGUACAAGUGCAUCGCGAACGUUGUCACGGAGACAACGCAGAAAUGUUAUUCACAGUGCGACGACAGUCAGCUGACACCGCCACGCCCCGGCGAAUGCUGUCCCACUUGUCAGGGUUGCAAGAUCAAUGGCCAGAUCGUUGCCGAAGGCCAAGAGGCUGUCGCCUCGAUCGAUGAUCGCUGCUUGGUCUGCAAAUGCAGCGGCAACAAGCUGAGCUGCGCCAAGAAGACUUGCCCCAUCCUCCAGUGUCCCAUCUCGAAGCAGAUACAUCCCCCCAACGAGUGCUGCCCCCGCUGCUCCGGCCAGCGUGAGAUAAUGACUGCAACAGGCAAGUGCCUCUUCAACACGAAAGUGUACUAUGAUAGGACACAGUUUACGCCCGAUCGUUGCACGAACUGCACCUGCCUGAACGGAACCUCUGUGUGCCAGCGUGCCACAUGCCCCAUCCUGGAGUGUGCCCCCGAAUUUCAAGAGGAGGACGGCUGCUGUCCACGCUGCGCUGUCGCCGAAAUGCGCAGCGAGUGCUCGCAUCAGGGAAUCACGUAUUUGAACAACGAAACCUGGAACAUGGGUCCAUGUCGCAGUUGUCGAUGCAACGGUGGCACCAUCAGCUGCUCCGAGAUGCGUUGCCAGGCCGUUCAUUGUCGCCCCAAUGAGGAGCUGAAGGUGCCGCCCGGCGAGUGUUGUCCCAAGUGCAUGGAAAUUGCUGGCACUUGCACCGUCUUUGGCGAUCCCCAUUUCAAGACAUUCGAUGGCAAAUUCUUCAGCUUCCAGGGUAGCUGCAAGUACCUUUUAGCAGCCGAUUGCCGUGGUCACAAUUUCUCGAUCCGCCUCACAAACGAUGGACGCGGCACUCGACGAUCCUCGUGGCCAAAGACAGUCACCCUGAAGCUGCGCGGACUGCGCAUCAAUCUGGGCCAAAAACUACGCGUCAAGAUCAACGGCACUCGAGUCGCGCUGCCUUAUUUCGACUACAACAGCAACGGACAUGGUCACAAUGUGAGCAUAACACGGUUGCUGGAGGGCGGCAUCAUGCUGCACACAGAGCUGGGCCUGACCAUCGAGUGGGAUGGGAAUAAUUUUCUGCAAGUCUCGGUGCCGGCACAGUACAAGCAUCAUCUGUGCGGACUGUGUGGCAAUUACAAUGGCAGCGGUCGGGAUGAUCUCACGGGCAGGGAUGGUAGGUCACAUGACGAUACGGAGGUGGGGCAUUUUGCCAACUCAUGGAAGGUGGGUGGCCCCAAGUCGUGUUCGCGGGCGAGGGAGAAUGUUGUGGCGCAGCCGACGUGCCACAAGCACAAGACGGACUUCUAUUGCCAGCCGCUGUACAAGUCGGAUGUAUUUGGUAACUGUGAUAAUAGUGUUAAUCCCAACAACUACAUCGCCUCCUGCAGCAUGGAUGUCUGCGAGUGUCCCACGGGCACCUGCCACUGCGACAGCUUUGCCGCCUAUGCCCACGAGUGUCGACGCCUCGGCGUCAAGCUGCCCGAUUGGCGUGCGGCAACCAAUUGUCCCGCUGGCAGCUGGCGACGCAAUGCAACGAUCGCCACGUUCGCUGGCAACAGCAAUUACGGUGAUCCGAGCUUUGUUCGCUUCAUGAAGGGAGGCGCAGGUGUAAGUGGAGGAGCGCGUGCGCGGCGUCGCAAGCACAAGCAGAAACAGAAGCAGCUGCUGCGACAUCAGCAGAACGAGCUGCAGGAGAAUGAGUACAUCAAGAAGCAUGUGCCCAAUAAAUUUAGGACGCGUGCGCCGGAUCGCACGCCGCCUCCGAUUCACUGAGCAAAUCAACCAAUUAGAAAUUACAAUUUAGUUACUACACACGCACACACACACAUACGCACUCUCAAGCAGGCUAAUGCAAAAAAGCAUUGCAUACUUUUAAGCGCCACUUGAAGUGAGUUGAAUGUUUGACGAACUUUUGCGAAAAUGUAAGCUCAAAUUGAGUUAAGUUUAAAGCAAGUGUUUAAUUGAACUCUAGCGAAAGUUUAGGUUUAAUUCAGCAUUCAACUUGUAUUCGUUGGCUCACAGUUCCACACAACAACAAACAGAAGAAAUUUGAUUGUACUUGACUUGUACUUUUGUAGUUUAAUUCCGCAUUCGCACCCAUGACAGCACCAGUAUUAAGCUAAGCAUUAUCCCACACACACACACACACACUCACCACAUCGUGAAAUCGUUAUAUUGAACAUCGGUGUUAUAUACUCGAUGACAUCGCAUGCUUGCCCCAUCACUCACCGCAUCUAAAUUCAUUGUCGCCAUUUGUUUAGUUGGAUAAGUUUUAUUUAUUUUAGCCAAUAAGCUCGAUUAUUAUGUAUGUAUAAUGAAAUCGGUAGACCCCGCUGCUACUUGGCCUAUGUACUACUCGAAAGUAUGUUGUGUGUCUGUUCUAAUGUAUUUUGUAUGUGUGUAUUAUCGCCUAUACCAACUCUUACUACUCUUAACUCGAUAACGUUUAAUUUAGUUAACCUACUACUACUACUACAUUUACACUUAAUAUUAGUUAAAUAAAUUGUAGUGUUUGCUUAAAAUUUAAGCUUUAAACAUAUACAUAUAUAUGAAAAAAUUGCACAAACAGUAUUUUUGCUUAGUUUAAAACACAACACACAACACUACUGCAAUAUAAACAAAACAAAAUAAGAAAAGAAAAGAAAAACAAACUCUCUAUCUAUAUCUAUCUAUUCUAUCUUCCACUCUCAUUGUCUUGUUCAAUCUCUUACAAUCUCGAAAAUGCCUUUUAAUCUCAAUAGGAAAUGUUAGCAUAAAUACAACUUUCUGUAUUUCCACAUAAAAUAAAACUGUGUUAAUAUUUAUAAUGAUGUACUUUCCAAGUAACAAAAACUACAAAAACGAGUAACAAAAACUACAAGAAUUUUUGCCAUUUUCCAAUUACAAUUAAUUAUGAAAUUAAUCAAUUUAAAUUAAUCUAUGUAUGUAUAUGGCUGGAUCUGUAAGUGUACGACAUAAAAAUGCAUAAAAACAAAAACUCCUAAAACAAGAAAAAAAACAACAAACAAACAAUGCAAAUGCAAAUGAAAUAAAAUCUAUAAAAAAUUUUAAA